CUCUUACUUUGGCAAGGGAAAAAACCAUUGAGGCUAUUAAACAAAAUUACACAACUUUCCAAGACACCACUACUAUUGAACCAAAGCUUUAUAUUGGACCAAGCAAGAGAGAUACACUAUAACAAGAUGGUGAAAGUCUGCAACUUCAGUUUCUUCAAUGAGCAGCGCAUCCUGAGCCCCAAGACGGGAGAGCCACUAGCCAUUGCUUGCUCUGAUGACCAUCUCUUUGUGGCAGAGGAAGGCUGUGUCCUGGAGGUCUACUCUCUCACCACCAAGGAACCUAUUGCUCAGUUACGAACUGUUAGUCCUGUUGUCCAGCUCCUCUACAACCCUCGAGGUGACUGUAUUGUCACCCUGGAGCGUAAGAAUGUGGUCUCUCGAAUGUUUGCCAGGGUGUAUUUCAAGUGGAGAGAGUCCAACGACGAUCGACCGAUGCGCAUCAGUUUAAUUACUUCGUUAACCCAGGGGCUACUCAGUGGGAGUCAAUCAGUACAGGCCGAAAUCAACGAGUUACCAGCGGACGAAACUAUGAGUGUAAACUGUGCAGCUGUGUGUAAGGAGAGUGGGCGUAUCGCCGUGGGGAUGGACUCAAGGAUACGCGUGUUCUCUCUGACCCCUGUCUACAAAGGGGGGUGUGUCACCUCGCACUGUAUUGAAAUCCUAUUGGACGUUGAAACGGGAGUGACUGUGCGGAAAGUCGACGUGUUUAACGAUUACCUUGCCUUUAUUUCAUCACGUGAAGCACGAGUUCUCAAACUGUCUCUACUCAACGAGGGACCUCCCCCUGUGAGAGUGGGCGUCGCCGAUAGCGAGGACAGUAGCACUACUACAGCUGGAUGGGAGAGCGACCAGGCCACGCCCACUCUACCACGCCCACAAAGGGUCCAACUGAUUGACCGAGCCAAGGAGAGUAUGAUCAAAACGGACGUACAUUUUGUUAGUUGGUCACCAUCGAAAGUUUGGGAGAAUGAGCGAUUGUCUGCUAGUAACAGCCUCAGUGCGUCACUCAACCUGUCACAUGAGCUGGAGCCACACCCACUUUACGAUAGCCUACCCCCUCCUCAAGGAUCACACAUUGAAACAUUGGCGCUUCCCGCUAUUACCAUGGCAACUCAAGAGAAGACGGUUGAACGACACCCAGUGGAAGUGUUGGGACCAGUGGAGUACGUGUGGGGACAGCCGGUGGAGGUGCGGCUAGACGAGGCCACACCCACUACUCGCUGUAGGGUCCUCACCAUGCUCUAUAGGAGGUUUUCUCUGAGUCAGGUGGACAGUGAUCAUAGCCGUAGAGCUGCCACAAUGAGUCUGCCCCCUAAAGGAAGUGGGCGGAGUCACGAUGAGUGGGGCCUACACACAAUCGAGCUGGUACCAGUACGACUAGAAGACUCUCAAACUGUUAUUGGAGUAUCCUGUUUCAUUGGUAGUCGUCUCCACGGUUACCUGUAUGAUGUUGCUAUGACGACUCGUCUAGUCUCUUCGUUCUCCUUCACCUCUGACACUACGGCUGUGGCUAGCGAUGGCUGCCUGUUCCACGCUCUCUCUCAGGGAACAGUGGAGACCUUCUCAAACAGAGCAAUGCAGGUGGCAUUGUUCAACAGACCCCCCACUGAGAGUGAGCAUGCCAAGUGGCUGAAACAGCCCUGUCCCAGUCCCAACAUGGACCUCACACUCAUGUCCUCCAGUAAGCUCAUUGGAGGUUGUUGCCUGGCAACCAGUCGGGACUACCUGGUGGUGCUCACUAAGAGCGGAGAGACCACACCCACUAGCAACCCAGCCAGCAGACUAUUGCAGUCACUACGGAGACCAACUACAGUAACAGCUGACCCUACCUGGAAUAUAUACAUACUGCUCAAGAAAGAUCCUCUCCCACUCUAUCAUCAGUUUGUGGAGUAUGCCGAGGCCAUCAGGGAGACGUCACUCUCAAUGUACCAGCACGUCAUCAGUGAGGGUCACAUACUACUGCGUAACCAGCUGCUACAGAAUGGAUCUCUCACAUCCUCUGCUCGAGGAGAACUGGACAAGACUCUGUCCCAGAACUGCUUCUCUCUGGCUGACUCCCUCUGUUCUGAUGUCAGGGGACCCAAGGUGGUGGCCUCCAUUGCAGCCAAGUACUUUGUCUUGUCUGGAGUCAGCAUUGCUAAAGUGAUCCAUCACAUCACUGAAAACUACACACAGGCAAGGGGCCUCCCGUAUCAAAUCCUCAUCAAGUAUCUCAGCCUCAUGUUGACAGGAGGGGAAGAGGUCGGAGGUGAACUAGAACCUGUUGCACACACUGUGCUGGACCUGUUUGCCCAGCACAAACCCAAGCAGCUCCCCACUGUCCUCCUCACCUCACCCCUCGGACAACUGGCACCAGAGCAUGGUCUAGGGUUGCUGAGUCAGCACUUGCAAGGCGGGCAGAAAUCCCCAGAGUUGUUCAAAGGUCAGCUGUGUCAUGUGAUCCUGCUCCUACGGCUGGAGAGAGAAGAUGAAGCCCGUGAAGUGUUACAACAAGUGCCUGAGGAUUUUCUGGUUGAUUGGCUCAAACAAAACAUGAGUGUUGUCGUGGAUACAAGCACCGUUAAGCUCACGUCAUUGGGCAAGAUGUUGUGGAGACAUUGGGAGGCGUGUCUGUUCGAGCUACUGAGCGAGAGCAUGUCGUCACGGCAACUCACACUCAAUCAACUCAUCUCUCUUAUCAAGGAGUUUCCGGCUGAUGAUGUGGGCCUGGCUGACAACACACUAUUCAAGGGCUUACUGGAGAGGUCUGUUCUCAAUAGAGAUCAGGAGAGCUACCAACUGCCUGCUGCCUUACAACUGGUGGACCUGCUGUUGGCUAGACUUGUCUCCACCCACCUACCACGCCCACCUUCAUCAACACCGUUCAGUCUAUAUGGUAGCCGUCAUAAAUGGUUGGACUCUCUACCUCCCUUUGACGGUUCACAGCCCUCGCAGCCGCAGACAAUGCUACAGGACCUCAUGCAGUUACAGGCUUUGCUGUGCAGUACUGAGCUGCUCCCAGUGAUGCAAGUGGCACAGCACACCCUCACUCAACGCAAGGGGUGUGGUCAAGAGAUGGUGGGUCUACUCUCACUACAGCUGCUCACUUGGCCUCACGUUGGAAAACUGAGAGAUGCUAUAGUGCUGGCUCUGGAGGAGUGCCCACCAGUGACAGUGGAGUUGUGUCUGACCUACCUACCCUCAGAGCUGAGCUCAUGGAGAGACCUCCUCUCACUUCUACUACAGCACUUGCUCAAGACUCCUCACUGUCCCUCACUGCAGGCACUCUACAAAGCCGCUCUGGAGCAUGUUGUAACCAUGACAACCCCGGAGGAGUUCCUGGGUCUACUGCCGUCCAAUGGGACGCUCCCAUUCUUCCUGCCCUUCAUAGAGAGCAGUCUACAGAAGUACGUUGCUAGGCAACUUGGAGAACAACUCAACUAUGGCUCAGUCAAGUAGUCAGCUAUCAAUAGCUUUGUCUUUUUUUGUGUAUUUUAGCAAAACGCUAUUAUGUCAAAUUUUAUACGUUCACUUUAACAAGAAUAAGUAUUAAUUUUUGCCAAACAGCUUCAACA